ACGAACAAAGCAUCGCGAAUUGCAUUGUACGAAUCUAUAAGAUACGAGAUAAAGUGAAUUUCAAAUGCAAGUGAUCUUUUUUUGGAAUAAAGAAGUCUUUGAAAUUACGUUUCCACAGUUUUGUGAUGCGUGAAUGUUUCAGAAACAAUUCGUAGACGUAGACUUUGACAAUUAUAAGAAUUACACGGGAACACGUUCCUUGCACGGCGUACACCUCGGCUUUGCGGAGGAUUUUGGCGAAAGAGAUUUAGGUGGAAGCUCUAAGGUGACAUUAAGUUACGACUCUGAGGAUCGUUGCCCACUCGUUAAUCGACAUUCAUUCACAAAAUCUACAAGUACCAGGUGCCACGUUAAGGAGAGAUUGCCAGACAAUUUCAAACUUUGUCGGUACAAUCGAGCCACGCUUAGAAACAACGCUGUCCACACACAGGUUACAAGAACACGGGAAAUUUUCUGUAUAAAUCUUCUCUCCGACAUUCGUUAACAUUAGAUGGCCGGCGACCUCUCCCUGGAAAAAAAAAACCUCCAAUUUCCGGCGACACGUAUCGAACUGUGGACCCCGAACUUCCGGUCGGGAAGCGACAGUCGUCGAAUACAGGAGUGGGGAACGACCGCGUAACCCGAAACAACCGAUCCCCAGUGGGCCAGCUGAAAGCGGUUUCACGAAAUCGUUCCGCUGAAUAAUUCAUCCGUUGUUCGUCCUCCGGGGUGGGGCGGAGGCGAACUCGGUCGUUUGUGCGUCGCGCGUUUGGCCGUACGUUCGUGGGACACGGGGCAAGUAAAUCGUUACGAAAGUGGAUCGUCGGUUACGUAGUCAUCGCUCUCGAUUUACAUGCGUUCAGUCGGCGGCACGUUGCUCGAUGGCCGUGGGGAACAACGUGAGAUCUCUAGAUCGAAUACACAACGAAACCAGCUAGAACGAGAACGCAAAAACAGAACGAGUGAUAAAUAAUAAAUAAAAUUACGAGAGAAGGGGGAGGGGGGAUAGUGAAAAGUAAAACGAGAUUUCGAA